UAGCAACCAAGGUCAAUGAAGAUAGACAAUCUCACUUAACACGUCACUCUGGCGGGAGUAAGAUGUCGGAACUAAGUAGAGCAGAGAAAAUAGCGGCUGCUAAGAAAAAGCUAAGAGAAUUCCAAGCUUCCAAGGCUAACAAACAGUCAAAUGAAUCAUAUGUCAACCAAACCCAUGGUUCCAGCGUUCCGGGGACUGGGGGCUAUCGAACCAACAUUUUAUCGCAACAAGAAGAUAAUCACUGCAUAUUACCCGUUGAUAAUUGUCAGUCCAUUCAACUUGAGCAGAAGCAAAAAUAUCAACACGGAUUUAAUUUAUCAAAUGUAAAUAUCAAUGAAAAUUAUGCGAAUGCUUCAAUAUAUCAACCACAAUCCCCAUCGAGUGUGACAGUACCACAGAAUAAUGAUAAUGCAGUUAUAUCACUUGCUGACUAUUUUAAUAAUUCUACUCAUUAUUACCAUCCCCCACCGCUUCAAUCUCUUCCUAAUAAUAAUACUAAUGAUAAUCAUUCCGUUUCUUAUAGUGAAAAUGGUCAAUGUGUUUUACAUGACUUGACAGUUCAUUCGAAUCUCACUGAUAAACAUCAGUUUGUUGUUUCGUCUCCUACCUCAUUGUCAUCUGCAUUUGAAAUACCUAAUAGGAAUGCAAAUCAAACUGUACCAAUGACUGACAAUACAGAGUACCUCAGUUAUCCUAUGUAUAACAAUAAUAAUAACGAUAAUAAUAGUAAUAUACCUGUUAAUAUCGAAUUUGGCAAGCAGCAGAGCGAAUCGAAUUCUAACGAUUCCACUGUUUUUCCAACAUCAUAUUAUCAUCUUUCUUCUGAGUCUGCUGCCAUUCAUAAUGUAAAUAAUUCUAAUCAAGAAAAUAAUACACUUGUACAGUUAUCUUAUCCACAAUAUGAUGGUGAUGAAGAAGAGAAAGAAGUGGUGAACGAUAUACCUACAGCUGCUACUGAGAAACUUUUACAGUUAACCCGUCAGUUAGACGGCAUAUUAGAGACAUCAGAACGUUUAACUAGUUCAAUGCAUACAUCAGGCACUACUAGUCCAAUAAUGAAUGAAUUUACUUCAAACCAUGGAUUACUAGAAUCAUUUCAUUAUCCUGAAUCAUGUCGACAAUACUCUAAUCAAACUGGUGAAUCACAUGAUCAAUUGACAAAAGAUUAUUCACAUUGUUCACCGAAUUCUUUAUUAUCUGGAGAAUCAUCUCAAAUGUCUAUAAGUCAAAAUCAUUUAGUGCGAGAACUUGAAGAAAGAAAUGUUGAAUUAGCUUCAAUGUUAGAAAAACGCAAUCGAGCAUAUGAACGUCUAACAGUUAAAAUGGACUUAAUGAAAGAUCAGUAUGAACGUCGAUUAACUGAUUUAAGCAAUGAACGUACAAAUUUACAAAAUAUUUCACAACGAGAUUUAGAGAAAACCAAAGAACAAAUUAAAGCACACGCUAAAACUAUUGGAAUCUUAGUUGCUGAAAAAACAGAACUUCAAUCACAAGUGACACAUUUGGAUAAUUUAGCUGUACAAAGAUUACGAGAAAUCGAAGAAGUCAGCUCUAGGUUAAAAGCAUCACGUCAACAGAUUUUAGAUUUGGAACGUAAUUUAUCAGCGAGUAAAGCAAAUGUGAACAACUUGCAAACUGGUAACAAUGAUCUACAGAAUCAGGUCAGUGUUUCUUUUCUACUAUUUCUCUUCCCUCCUUCGAAUUAGUGUACCUGUUGCUCAGUGGUCUAGAGGUAAAGCGCUCACUUUGAGGACUGCAAUUCUUGAAUUUGAUUGCAUGUGAAGUCGCGGAUGUAUAUUCUUGAUAGGUUCCGCACUGGGACAAAACAGCCGCUCAUUGAUUCUUUGUUUAACAGGUGAAGUAGCCUAGUGGGUAAUACGUAUGAUUUUCUUCCACUGAGUUCCAGGUUUGAGUUCUACCCCACUUUAGUUCGGAUAAUAGAGUAGUAUCGGUCUUCAUUACACUGAAAGUAUAGUUUAUAUCCAUGCACGUGUUUAACGAUUAAAUUAUUCUGUUUUUUUUAAAAUGGGUACACUAACUACUCACUACCUUCUCGUUUCGUGCUUAUACAACCAGAGGUAAUCUAUAAAUAAAAUUUUAGGCGAAUUGUUCAUCCUCUUUUUCUCUAAGUGAUUAUAACACCGUUUAUAUUGUAAUAAUAAACUCGAUGGUUUUUGGUUUAAUACUUUCAUUUAUUUGGUGAAUUUAAAGUGAACUAUCGAACUAAUUAGAAUCAAGAAAGCGACUUCCAGUCUCUAUCCCAUGUUUCAAUCUGCAGUGAUAUAUAUCGAACAUAUGUGUUAAGAUUGAGAUUAAUGUUUUAUAUUAACUUACCAUAGUUCCUAACUUUUAACUAUGACCUUAACUCUGAACCUAAAAAAAUUAACUAGUCACAUAAUGACAAUAUAUUAUUUGCAUUAUUAUUACGAUUAUUCCUUCGGUUAUAUUUGCUGUUCCGUGGUUGUUUAAAACGAGCUAUCAUCUCAAGGUCGUUCGCUAAUGUGCUGUAGUUUUACCAUUUAUUUUGAAGAGAUAUACUCGGUAUUUUAUUAGUUUUCGGGAAUUUUACUUUUUUUAUUAAUUUACAAGACUGAACAAGUCUGUAUCUGGUUACCAUAUGGUUCCUUGAACAACGGAUAAUUCGUCAUUACCUGGAUUCACAAAGUGAUGAUAAUUUGCAUUAACAGUGGGAUAUUUUAACUCAUUUGCAAAUGACAAUAUAUCUAUUGAGAAUAUGUUAGUGGUCCUCAUUGCUGAGUAGUCCUGUUGCUGAUUCUAUUGUAUUUAAAGUUAUAGGUAUCUGUAUGAAAAUCAGGACUCAGAUACAAUUAUAUCUACCUUAUUUUGUUCUACAUUAGAUAUAACUCGCAUCCUUGAUUCCACUGUUACUUACAUAUCUACUGGUCACUCUCAUUAUAAAGAGUUUAAAAAAUGUAACAUUUAAAAAUAAAACACAUUAGAAACAAGAGUAGCAUUUACAUACUACCGGUUUAACUUAUUCAUUGUUAACCCACUCAAAGCUGAUUGAAGUACUGGAUUUGUGAUUGGUUUUGCUGUUUACCAGGUGGAAGGGUUGUUUAAUGUUUGAUGGAUAUAGAUUUUGCCCAGAAGGUCGAGGGUUACGAAUCCCUCUCCAACUACUUUGGUUUACGCAACUGGGGUAUAGUAUCUGUUGUGGAUGCGGAGGAAUAGACCAAUAAUUAUCAUGUUAAGUCCAAUGGUGUCCUUGGACUUUAAAUGGACAUUUCCUAUUGGUCGAUAUCUGUUCACUUGUUGGAUAUUGUACAAAAUGUUGUUUUCUAUUUUAUGGUACGAUGUGGUAUGCUUGAUUGGUAUAUAAACAAAGUAUGUUUGAAAUAUAAUGAUUCAUAUCUCCGAGGCUGUGACUUGUGUUCUAGACUCAACUGGCUGGGUUAGACAGGGAAGUGGGACCAAUCGAGACUCUAGGCCGUCCGUACGUGUUUACGUGUCACUGUAAUCGAUCGAUAAGUACGCUGCUCUCUAAUUUCCCAGUCAAGGACACAACAAUUAGCACAGGGUAAAAAUCGACCGCAACUUAAAUUCAUAACAGUAUCAUUAUCUCUUACUUAACAAAGGUUUGGGUCAAGUACAAAACCCGCAAUCGGUAAAAUCAGUCAUAAUUAACGUAGAGCCUGGAACAAUUGUACGUUAACCCAAGUUGCCAUACCAUAUUAGCACAACAAAACGAACAGCAAAAGAAACUGAAUAAGUGUAGUAAAAUUCAUGAUAAUAAAACCAAAGAUUGAAGAUAUAGUUCGUAAAAACAGAAUAUAGUUAGGUAUGAAGGAAUGUUGGGACUCUGAAUCUACAGAAAGACAAGUGGUGUGUGCAUCUGUGUCAUUGUGACUGAUCCUAAUCCCAUAUCAUGCAACAUCUCCAGCCACUGGCUACAGUAAUCGCAUGGACUGCAACCAAGUAGUUUGUAUUUACCAGUAUGGCUUAAGCAAACAUCUCAACUUCAGGGAUUGAUAUGCCGUCUUGGUUUGGACACUACUAGCCUUAUUCCAUCUUGCGCGUACCACCAACCAUUAUCGCGCAUCAUCAUCAUAGGUGAUGAUUAGGCAUAAUACACGUCCCAAAUAUAUCAAAUGAGUUACAGUUUAUUAGGAAUUUUCGGUUAUUUAAUAGAGAACUUCAGGAAACAUUUUGUUUACAAUAAUUCUUCCCAUCCUUUCCUCUUCUCUAUUUAUUCCCACCUAGAUUAAAUGCCUUCAAGGGGAAAUAAAGCGUGAAAAAAUAGCACGCCGAGAUGUCGAAGAUGAAUUAUCUGAAACGAGGUCUCGAUUAACAGCUAAAUCAUGUGAACUAGCUCAAACUGGAAUAAGUUUAAAUGAAUUAAAACAGCAACUUGAAUUAUCACAGGUAUGUUAUUUAUAAAUGAUUAUUUUAGUUGACUGCGUUAACUUUCGAAAGUAGUGUUUUGGGUUUUGUGUGAUAAACAUGUUUUAGUUCAGUGUUGACGAGAUAAACUUGAACUGGCUUCUCUCCAGUUUAGUUGAUAUUAUUGUGGACGCUACUCAAAAGAAUGACUGUAAGCAGUAUGUAGCGGAACCUGGCUUCGAAGCUGUCACAGUGAUCAGGCGGGGAGAAGUUUCAGUAUAUCAAAAGCACGGCGUAGACAGAACACCUGAAGACUAGACGAGAAGAAAGUUAGGAUUGCAGAACACACUGUAUAAACACUUUGUAAUUUCUCUCAAUAAACAUUCGUUUCUUCUGCCAAUUGCUUUGUUCUACAAUAUGAUUACAUUGUUAACCAGUGGUAAAUAGAAAGACAUGAACAUUUAUGAACUGUAUAAAAGUGACCAGAAAUAUUUUUGUAUCACAGUCCUUAUCUUUCUACUUUUCUUGUCAGUUAGUUAGUAAUUGAGUCAAACAUAUUCUGCGCCAUUCAAAUGAUUCUCUCUCAGUUUUGUUGAAUCAGUUCAAGCCCAAACUAUCUACCACAUGAUUAAUCCGUGUGAUUUAAAAUUAAUGAAAUGAUUAGUAGAAUGAUAAUUGGUUAGUGAUGAUAUACACAAUGGUACAAUAUAGUAUAGUUGUCAAUAUCGGAUUAUUAAUCCAAACCUUCAAAAUGGAUCGAUAUAAAAAGUCAAAACAACUGAACAGUAAACGUAACUUUCCACUUUGUGACAUGACACAUAUACAAAAUGCUAAUGCAAAAGUGUUAGUGUUGAUGUUGCUUGACGAAUGUGAGAGGACGAAAUGCGAAUGUCCGUCGCUUUAACCGGGUUGGUGGAUACGGAUGAUUCACCUAAGGGAGUUGGAUUUGAAACCCACGAGGUUGCUGUAAGUUAUAGUUCGAAACGUUAACUAUCAUAUUCCGAAAAUGAUCCAACUAGCGCAUUUGGAUUCGUUCUUCUGAAUCUUGAGUUAGGUGUUAACUCAUUUGCGCGUUUUAAGCUAUAUUUUCCAUUUUCAGCUUUAUGUCUCAGUUGAUAUUAUUUUCCUUUCUCUCUCUUUCAUCCUAUAAAUCAAUUUCCUCUCUUGCUGUGCUACUCUUAAGCGUGAUGGCUUAGAUCGAUACACAUUGAUGUCAAGCUGUAUGUACUCUGCUACUGACUAACGAUUCGUUUUGGUUCAAUAACUGUUAGUGAUGUUUCCAAUUUCGCAAUGAGAGACUCCAUAAUUUGUUAUCGGUAAUAAAAUAGGUUAAUUUCAAAUUCAUUUGUCAUAAAAUAUGUUUAGAAUACACAUUUACUUUUUUACACUCGUCUUUGAACCACUCUUUGUGUGAGGGCUGGUGACACUGUCUGGCUGUUAGAAACUGAAUUAGAUGGAGUCUUAUUCGAGCUUUUGAUUGGAAACGGAUAGGCCUGUCAUCACUACAUCAUCGCCUCAUCUAUAGUAUACUGACUAACGAUGUUUUUGGAUCUAUCUUCUCAACUAAAUUUUUCAAAUCAGGUAGAUUGAUUUAAUUGUUAAGGUUUAAUGGUUUAGAUCACUGGACUAUAGCUUCAAUUUACUUCGACACAGAGACAUUUUCUCUUCUUAUUGUUACGAAAUAACGUUUUGAUAUUUGCUUUCUGUCUUUUGUCCAUUAAGAUUUAUGCUAAUCAAUUAAGGAGUACUACAGAUAGUUUAAUGUGUUCGGAAGAUAAGAAAUAUUGCAAAGAAAAAGAAGAGUGGUUAUCAGAACGUGCUGAUCUACUGAAUCGAUUGAAGUUGCUUGAAUUGUCUUUAUCUUCGAUUGAUACAGAAAAGAAACGGUUAGAUUCUCAGUAUCAUAAUUACGUUGCACAGGUUGAACAACAGGCAGAUGAGUUACGUUCUCAAUUAUCUGAAACAAAUAAAUUAAAACAAGAAAUGGAAUUGUCAUUAGAAUCAGUUAGUCGACAAUUACGUGAAAAAGAUAAUGAAAUCAAUGAUUUAAGUUAGUUGCAUUCAAUGUUUCGUUAUUAUUGUGAAUCAUUUUUCAUUGUUAUUUUUACAUUCGUCUAUAGUUUUUGGGUGGUGUGACGUCUAGGUCAUAUUGCCUACUGUACAGAGAUAUGGUUCCAUUAAGGUGUUCUCACUAGACAGCUGGCAUUUACUGUGAUUAUUCUUUUUUACAAUGUGAGGAGAGGGUGUAAAAACAUCGUCACAAAACUAUCACACCACCUUUCCCCAUGUUUUGCCGUCGCCGUCGGUAAGGCCUUGAGAGUAUAGAGCUAGUUCCUACAAAACUACUUACAAAAACCUGGUUGUCUCUAGCGGCAACCAGUUGUACCCUGGUAACUACAGUCAGGCCCUUAGGUCAACGAGACUACUUGUUACAAUUCUCCUUCUUAGCGCCCCGGGACAUAGUAUCCUUUCACGGUGCAGGUAGCAGAAAGUAAUAACUGGCGUCAUAACUCUGACAUCACUCGAGAUUAUUUCAAAUUAUCAAACAGAUCAAGUGGACAUGAGAUCUGUCACAGAUACGUAUCGGUCAAAGUUAGUCACUGAAUAUUUGCAACCACUAAAAUUAAUAAAAGUUAGCGUAAGAGGAAAAUUAACAUGAAUUGUGAUGAUGAAUAAAAUGACUAUUAUCAGUAUGGGAAGAUUAGAUUUAAUUAUAAGCAUGAACCACUGAAUAGCUGUUUCGUCUUAGUGUAAAACUCCUCAGCAGUGCACAUUCGCGACCUCGCAUGCAGGAAUCGAACUCAUCUACUUAAACACUAUAUUAGCUAAUAUGGGAGUAGAUUAGAGGAAACUUAAAGGUGAUUAUUCUAACAUGUUGCAUAAAUCCAUGAAAUCAUUAAUUGUUGGACUGAGGCGUAUAGGUAGGUUAAACCAUCAGGUUAAGGUCUGCGCGAUUACUGUAGUCGACAGUUGUUGGAAAUGUUAGAUGAAUUUAGUUCAGAAUCGGUUGCAUUAGUUUCGAUUCAUUUUCUGUUUAUCCUUUCCUUAGUUCUUUAGUUCUAAAAUAAUAUUUUACUUUCUUAUGCAACGGAUUCAUUUUUCUUGGAUCUUUUUGUCUAUGUCUAAUAAUUUUUACUGCCACUGGUCCCUAUUUUAAUAGUUUCAUCUGUCUGUGGUAAUAUGUUGUGAUAACUUGAACGGAUGCACAUAUUUGCCGGGUUCUACGUUGCCUAUAACUGGCUGAGUCUUAAAUCAAUUAACAUUGUCUCAUUUUAGUGGAGUUUAUAGUAUGUUAUAAAUUAACAUUUGAAGAGGAAUUCUUAGUUGUUGUUAACUCAAGUUAUUCCGUUCAAUCUGCAUGGUAUUAUCAUGAUAAGGUCAAAUGUAACGCAUACAUUUAUGCUUUUAAUAUCGAUGAUAAAUCACGUCUCUUAUUUAUGAUUGUCUCAUAGACCUUGGUCGAAAAGCUUAGAAUAACUCUUAAGUUGAAUCAAACCAAUAGUAAAUGAUUUUAUUGAAUCAUUGCUCUGAUCCUUAUUAAUUCUUUUGUGUAACCAUAUCGUUAUAUUAAUUACAAUAUAGCAUAUAUAAAUAGAUACAACUGUUGAUGAUACAUCUGAAUCACUUCAUUUGAUAUAGAGUUAUAGUAUCGUCAAUUGGUUAAUAUAUUGUUGAGAUCUUUCUAUAUACGACCUAGCUACUCUAAUUGCUUAGUAUUUUUCGGACACUACUUCAAUUGACUAGUCUCCAAAUCAGUGCACGGUUGAACUGGAGUGAGAUUAUUUUCCAAGUAAACAAGUUUGAAUGGGAUUAACAGUCACAGUGGGGAAAUUGUUAGUGAAUUUAUAUCAAAAAAUAUUCUAGAGUCUACUUUGUCUACCUAGUGCUGAUUCACUGUCAAUUAACCCCACGCCUCAAUAUCAUCCUGGAUGGACACAUGCAUUAAUCCAAUCUAUGACUUGUUAACAUAUAUCUUACUCAGAAUUUUCAGCAUAUGAGAUAUUGCUCUUUUAGAUAGAUUCAUUAUUUAAUGCUUAAAAUAUAUACGACUUAUGUUUUCUUGUGAAUAAAUGAUUUUACAGUCUCUAUACUUUUUAUUAACUGUAAGGGACAUCUCGUCUAUAUCACAGUUGUCUGAAAUUAAAGUAAGGCAGUAGAAAUAUGUUCUGUUUCACUCAACGGUCAAUUAUAUACUCUGAUUAGCUUGAACAUUUAGUUGUUAGUUUAUUAAUUAAAAUUAUCUAGUUGCUACAUUCAGUGGUAUACAGUCAACAAUAAAAGUUUGUCUUUGAUUUGGAGUAUCCUUUUCUAUUUGGUAUUGUCGAGAACCUCAAGGAUGAGCGUUUCAAUAUAUUACCUACGUGUGAAGUUGAUACCCAGAGUUCACAAAACCUUAAUCUGUUAGACACUCGCUUUUUAAUCUGGUUUCUGACAAUUUCAGCCAUAAGGCAUAAUUAAUCGCUAGCACAAAACACAAAAUACAUUUUCAGGGGGUGUAAUUUUUUAAAUUUCCUUCAUAUAAUAUCUUGUUUACUGGAUGUAACAUUAUCAAUCACUAGUCUAAUCAAUGAUCGCCUUCAUUUUAUUAAAUUUUCAUGUUGUUUGAAUUUAAUUCAAAUAAUUCCUACUCUAUUGACUGUUCAAACUCAACCGUUAACAUCAUCUGUUGAAGAACAAGAUGUCAACUCUUCACCUGUUAUCCAACAAUCGUUGGAGCAAAUAGCAGUAUUGGAAACUCAGUUAAAAAGUCGUACAGAAGAGUUAGAAAAUGCAAAUGUUGAAGUAUGUUUUCCUAGCUGUAUUUCUCUUGUUUGACAUUGAUUUUUUUUUAUUUCCGUGAUAUUUUAUGUCCACAAUUUUUUUUUACACAUAUACGUUUAUUUGUGAUUUAGAUUAGUUAUAAGCAUGUAGUGUUAGUUCAUUAUGGAUGUGUUACGAUCGACGAUCUCCAAUUCAGAUACACACACUUUCUGUGCACAUGGCUAACCAGCUAUGACUAAGUUGUGAAUGGCGAAACUUGAUGAUUUAAUACAUAAUUCAUCAGUGUAAAUACUUACACAAUCUCCUCAUUCCAUUUUGUCCAAACCAAAAAACAUAACGGCGCAGGAAGACAAGUGUGACAUUUCCGAAUGGAUUUGGACCAACUAAGAUAAAUAUUACAUUAGGCGAAUUCAACUACUCCUUCAUCUACUCAUAAAUGAACAUAAAUUAGUAGUAAGACGACAUAAUAUCAUAUCACUGGUAUCAUUGCGUGAAGAUAACCAUGGAUAUAAAUCCGGUUAAAGAAGUUUCAAGACCUAGAGAGGAUUGUUAGAAGCACGGUAUUCAAGUCAACCAAGAAUCAAUGGAUAUCUCCAUGUAGACCCAGUUUAUACACUUGUAAGAAAACAUAUUGUCGAGGAGGAAUCAAAUAAAUAUGCGCACGCAAAUCAUUCGAGUUGCGUAAGGGCUGGAAUACUGUACGGGUGCCCAAAACUAAUUAGGUGGUUUUCUUAGAAGGCUGAUCUCCGGGCUUUUGACCUAGAGGUUUAAUCCAUAAGGCAGUAGAGCAGUGUAAGGAGAUGCAGUCCCAUGGGUAGCCGGUGACCAACAAUAGGUUCAUAUGCCAUUUGUCUCUUCAGGAUCUGUUAUGACCUGAUGUCUGGCCUUUCUACCACGAGAAUUAUCCACCAAUCAGAAUACGACUUAUACAAAUCUUCACUCUAUAUCAACCAAUGACGUUCAACCGGUGUGAGCAGUCUAGCGCCUUGUUGGUCCGAGGUCCUUCUAGCCCGUCUGCUUGAGUCCAAAUAAAACGCAAUACCAGCUUCCGCAAUAUGAAUAUAUGUAUUUCAAACAUACUCUGUUUAUAUACCAAUCAGCCAGACCACAACGUACCAUAAAAUAGGAAAUAACAUGUGUACACAAAUAAGCCAAAAAGUGGCUGUGAACGCAGGAGACAGUAAUUAAUCGACUGAACAUAGAUUAAUAACCGUAAAUCGUAUAAUAAUAAAUUAUAGGUCAACAUAAAGCUUAGAAUAAGGGGAAUAUAAAUACAUAUAAUGUAAUUAUUGAAUAAUUAUACAAUAAGAAUAUUUAUAGAAUAUUGGUAUAUUAACAGUCCUCGGAAGUUACCUGUAACUUAAUCUUCCCUGGGUUAUAACAGGAUCCUUGAGCCUAUGUGCACCAUUGGUUUGGAAUCACGGUUUUCCAACUGUCCUAGGUGAAUCAUCCGUAUCCACCAACCCGGUUAAGGCGAUGGACAUUCGCUUUUCGCCCUUUCAAUUUCGUAAACAACAGUAAUGCUGCGAGAAGGUAGUGAGUAGUACUUCCUUGGUAGUGGCCAUAUACGCGUGGCCAUGUGAGAGUAUUUCGAGAGGGAAAGCUAAAUCUUCCCACACUUGGCCACACCAGGGCACCAUGCUCUCACAUGGCUACGUGCAUACAACCACUGCCAAAGAAGUCCUACUCACUGCCUUCUCGUCACUGAGGUGUUGUUUACGAAUUUGAGAGGACGGAAAGCAAAUGUCCGUCGCUUUAACCGGGUUCGUGGAUAUGGAUGAUUCACCUAGAGGAUUUGGAAAACCCUGGUUCCAAUCCAAUGAUGCACAUGGCUCUAGGAUUAUGAGGGAAGAAAUGGCGUAUAAAGCGAUUAUUGGUCACUGGCUACCAUGGGAAUUUGUCUCUCGACAUUGCCCCACUGCCUUAUGGAUUAGACCUCUUUAGGUCUUUGGCUCCGAGUGUGGUCUAAGAGAACUACCUGUUUCGGUCUGGGCAUCCGGGCAGUAUCACAACCCACACACAACUCAAGUGACUUGUGUGGCGCAUAUGUAUUCGGUGCCCGUUUUUACUAAUAUUUAUGUGUUCAGAUAAGUAAACAAAUAACCACCCUCGACCUUACAAGAACACUUGGGCGCACUACACAAAACUAGUUAAGUAUUUGACAAAAUUGUGAUGGUGGGGAAUCAGAUGGCUAUAUAUUUGAAUAUGCUUGUUUUUGUAGGCGCAAAUAAAAUCUCUGAACUUUUAAUGUAGACUACGAAUAAUACCUUAUUAAAUUAGGACAUUUUAGUGUUUAUAUUAAACAGGUUAUCUGAAAAUAAUUUAAAAGUAACAGUUUUAUUUUAUACUACGUAGUAGAUGAUGAUGGCGGGACUUUAAUCUAUUGGCAAACCAAUCCGACCUAGUAAAUCAAGUCUUGGAUUAUGGCGUGAAAUUCACUCACUUUUAUGGCUGUUUAGUAUUUUGACACUAUAGCUGAUGCUACUUCUUGAAAAAAACCCUAACUUUUAACUCUAAAUCUUAGUGUUAGUUCCUCACACCGAUUCUUAUCUUUUUGUCCUUAGCAAGUGGUUGUGAAAUUUUUCAAGGUAACUUUGAUAACGCGUUUAAUCACCUUCAAAUACUCGUCACUAAUGGAUCUCACUUGGGCUACUACUAAAAGUCAAGAAAAAUUGUAUAACUGUUUCAUCCUAGCUCAAGACUCCUCGAUAAUGUGCGCUCACGACUUCCCCAUACAUUGAACCCCAGGACCUUUACCUGUCUUUUUCCUAGCCAUAUGAAAUAUAGUGUUCAGAUAUGAUGCAUUAAAUUUUGAUCGCAUCUAUUCUGAAUCUUUAUUUUUAAAGUAACUUUUAUCUAGGGGAUCUCUUUGGUGAUAUAGCCUUAAUCUCAUGCUUUGAUUUUAGUGUUCUGUUUGUACUUAUAUGUUUGCUUUUUCAUGUUCUUUUAAUAAAAAUCUUUUUGAUGAUAGAUAAAUCGGUUAACUGUUCGAUUAUCUAAAUUUGAGGAAACUGUUGAACAACUACAAAAUUCAUUAUCUGAUCGUGAUAUAGUUUUGGCCACAGCUACAUCAGAACGAAGUGCUUUAAGUCGAGCUGUAGAGCAAAAUAAGAAUUUAAAACAACAAUUGUCUGAUUUGCAAACUACAUACACACAAAUGGUAUGUCUUUCAAACAUAUUUUAUGGUGUAAAAUAACCUGCUAUUAAAUAUUGACUUCGAAUGUGAAGAUUAUUAAUCUCACUCGGAAAUUUGUUAUUCUUUGGCGAAGAUAUCUUCUGGUCAAUGAAGAAGUGUGUACUUAUUGCGCAGCUGAAUGAACUAUUACACAAGUUCCCCUACUUGUAAUUAUAUGAGUCACUGCUUGGGUUUUCCGCAACCCAUCUUGAGUCUGUAAUCACUUGAAAAUUCAGUUUGUUUUUAUGAUUUUGUAAAGAUAAUUAACUCAUAGUAUUACAGAUAUGUCAUUUUAAUCAGCUGCUGGUUGGUACUGUUUACAAAACUCCACUGUUUUAAGGUCUUGAGUAAAUCUUUAUCUAAUGAAGUAACUGAAUUAAUCAACUUAGCUUAAAGAAAGAUUUAACAUUUUCACAUCCCGGUAGAUAGUAAACAUAAAGGUAAGUCAUAUGUCUGAGAUUCUUGGGAGUUUGACGACCAUCAUUCCAUUUAAUAGUAUAUGAAAAUCUGGCGUUGUCCACCUAUUUGUACUAAUGUACUCUUGGAAUAUCUGUGCCAUAGGCUGGGUGUAUGUUGAUGACUAACUAAGGUUCUACGACCUAAGUAUAUCUGCAAAAAUAUUUAGGCCUAUUUUAGGUUUUCUUCUUCGUUUAGUCCGCCACCAAAUGCCCUAGUUUGUCUGAGGGUGGGGAGAUUUAGCUUUCCCUUUCGAAAUACUCUCACAUGGCCACGCGUAUAUGGCCACUACCAAGGAAGUACUACUCACUACCUUCUCGCAGCAUUACUGUUGUUUACGAAAUUGAAAGGGCGAAAAGCGAAUGUCCAUCGCCUUAACCGGGUUGGUGGAUACGGAUGAUUCACCUAGGACAGUUGGAAAACCGUGAUUCCAAACCAAUGGUGCACAUAGGCUCAAGGAUCCUGAAGAGACAAAUGGCGUAUGAACCUAUUGUUGGUCACCGGCUACCCAUGGGACUGCAUCUCCUUAUAUUGCUCCACUGCCUUAUGGAUUAAACCUCUAGGUCAAAAGCCCGGAGAUCAGCCUUCUAAGAAAACCACCUAAUUAGUUUUGGGCACCCGUACAGUAUUCCAGCCCUUACGCAACUCGAAUGAUUUGUGUGGCGCAUAUUUAUUUGACUCCUUCUUGUACCAACGUUUAUGUGUUUAAGUAAAAUAAAUAAAUACUUCGUUUAGUCCUCCUUGUACAGUUAAUUGACUUAACAAUCUGUGAACUAUUGAAAUUAUUUUUUGCAACUUUUUCUCUCCUGAUAAUUAUCUUUGUUUUGUUUUGUGUCUUUUCUUAUUGUUUUUUAAGUGUGAUAUUUAUCAAUCAGAAAUUAAGUCUGCUAAUGAAAUGAAUUAUGCAUUAUCUAAACAAAUGGAACAUUUAAAUAUUUUACAAAUGGAAAAUCAAAAUCAAUCAGAAAAUAUUAUUAGUUGUACUAUAUUGUCAAUUGAUAAUGCUACACAAACUGACGAUAGUCAUAUUGUACAUGAUCCACAUUUGACAGUGCAUGAUUGUACUGUAACUCAAUCAUCAUCGCCACCAUCAACACCACAAGAACAACAAAUAGACAACAUAAUGAAAUAUGAGAAUGUAAGUGGUAUUGUUUUAUUUGUUUACAAACUAAUCAUUCUCUUUUCAAAAUGGACGAAAUUUCUUGUGAUUUGUAUCUUGGUAUUUUUCAAAUGGGAACAUGCGUGUGUCAUUUAGGUUGAAACAUGAUAUACACUGUUUCAUACAUAUCUCAUUUUGAUGGAUGGUUAGGGCAACUAAGAUAUAGUUAGUCACUCACUGAGCAUGAACUGAUAGACCUGUCUUACUUUUUAAUUUGUGAUUUUCUCCUUCCUCUUUAUUUGUACUCUGAAUUCAGUGUUUGUUUGUAACUCUAUUGAACAAAGUAUUACCUAGUUUGUAUUCUGUGGUUUGUUAUGUUGUGCCCAUGAAUUGUGUAUUUGAUGUAACGUGAUUCAAUCUGUGUGUAGCGUUAUUGAUCGAAUAUCUCACUUUACUUGUCGUGAAGUUCUCGGUCCCGAUCACAUUAUAGUUGUAUAUAAUAUAUCGUGACAAAACUCGAAAUAUUUCUGUUCUGUCGUUAUAUCAAAUUUUAAUAUUGAAUUCACAUUAAUGUUAUUCUCAUAGAUCAAUGAUCUUCGUGGACUUUAUGAAGUUCUGCCUAAAGUUUGCUUACUCUAUCUGUAACCUUAGUUUGCAUGAUAAUUAAAAGGUCAACUCUUUCCUUAUGAAGGUUGAAACUGAAUAAAAACACCUAUAAAGUAUAUGCUAAUUUGUAUAGAAUUAUAAUAGUAUAAUAGUGGUUGGUUAAUGGUAUAAUUGACUAGUUUUCUGGAAUGUAUUGUAUUGUUUGAAACCCACUACACUGACUUUCGUCAGCCGGGACAUUUUGCUUUCUAUCGAUUGUACGUAUUGUGAAAUUUAUAGCUCCGAGUACAUAAAACUACUCUUACUAAAGAGAUUCGAUCAUAAUACAAUUUGUGGAGUGCGUAAAUGCCCUGGUAACACCGUCUCAUCGUUGUUAAACUUGCACUGUUUCAUUUUAAAUUUCAUUGUAGGCUAAUCUAAGUCAACUAACAGAUGAGAUUGUAUUGUUAAGAGAUUUGUUCACACGUGUUUCUGUAAUCUGUCAGUGGUUGGAACAUGAAAAUGGCAAAAUCAAUGAACCUAACAAAUUCAACGAUCCAGUAUAUUGUGUUAGCCUAUUGGAGGAAUCUAUUCAAAAAUUAACGAGUAAAUAUUCUUCAAAUGUAAUUGACAAUUCUGUACAAUGUUCAUUGUCUAUGGAACAAAACGAAUUAACAUCAAAUGUUGGAGAGUUACAAAAUCUCCAGGUAAAUAUAAAUAGUUUAUAGUUGAACGUUACUUUUAAUUUUACAAUUAUAUUUAAUCUGAAUGACCUAAUAGUCAAUCAAUCGGUUGUUAAGUCACAACUAUUGUGGUGUGGGUUACUUAUAUCCACAUAAGUAGUAUAUAACGGUGGUAGAAAUAUACACAUCAACUUAAUUAAUCACAAUUUUUAUUAAUAUUUUUAUGGAAUUCUAGUUACAAUUCAUUGAUUCUUUCUUGAUCUAAAAGUUCGCAACGUUGGAUUAGUGAAUAUUUAUUAUCAUUAGGUUAAUGACAAAAAGUUAUUAUUAGUGCGACAAUAAUUUACGUACAACCUACGAGUGACCUUGGGAAAAGUCACUUGCUAUUGUGAAAAGACGUAUAUGAAUUAAUGUGAAGAAUUAGAAUCAAGAUUCAGAGUUAGAAUUUGAGGUUAGAAAUUAACGUUAGAUUUUUCUUUUUAUCACGAACUGACAUCAGCUUUAAUGUCAAAAUGCCAAUCAACCAUGCGAAUAAAUAAAUUGCUAUCCGGAAUUCUAAACUUGCUAUCUUUAAUUUCAUUGGUUCGUAUGUCAGUGAUAGUUUCGGGAAAUUAUUGAUCAAAGACCAUUGAGGAAUUCAGUAUCGAUUAAGAUCAAUUUUUCUUAUGUUAAAUCAUUCAGUGAGAACUCUGCUUAUAGACUUCCAAUAUAUUUUUCGUAUGAUUUCUUUCUAGUAACAAAUACUCUAUUCAUAAAUCUUAAUUAUUUUCAUUGAUACUAUGAUCGAUUAUUGAUUAAUUGUUUAUUAUCAUAACCCCAACUAAGGAGUUGUGAUGGACUGACAAAUGCCAGUUCUCUACAGCUUUAUUUCAUAUCAUAACACCAGGUCAUGCACUGACCACCUCUCCUCUUUUUCCAAGCAGUCCCAGCAUCGGCAAAUAAUCCACGUACUUAUUCAAACCACCAAAGUCGAUGUUUCAAGAUGGUGAUACUAAUUGAACUAUCGUCGCAGUUCUCGAAUACACUUUGUCGGACCUAUGCGCUACUAACAUGGUGCUGCCAGUUAGUGUCAGCAGUUCUUCAGAGUUAACGAUGAUCUCAAACACAGAGAGUCGUCUAACAUUGUGAACUUGGAGAGACUAGGUUUCCCACGCAUAGAGCAAAACUGUUCUCAUCGACGCGUUGUGAAUGAGACCUUUUACAGCAUGGCUAACACCUUAAAGGGACCAUAGAUGGUCCAUUUUGGCAUAAGCCGCUGUAGCUUUCACUACACGUGAAUUGAUCCCAUCACUCACAUCACUACUAGUACUUACACAAUUACCCAUAUAUACGGACUUCUUGGUUAUUUCUAAAUGCUCAGUAUAUGGAGUGAGUGGGGUUAAAAUGUUUAUUCAUCUAUACUGUGGUCGUCAUCGACCAAGCUUCCAUUAUGAAACUGAUUACUUUUACUCUAGUUGAUUGACCAGGGAGGAAGGGUAUAUAAUUAUACUGGCCCAUUCUAUUGAUAUCAGAGUUGAGUAAUAUUAUCAUAACGUACAGAUACAUCAGAUACACUUGGCAAUGAAGAACAAAUACAUUCUUUCAUAAAAUCAUGAACAUCACUCAUUAGUUACAUUGAACUCUGAUACUGUAGUGCUUACAGUUUCGAAUUUGAUAAAUAAUAGUUAAACUUAAUUAAAUACUGAAUAUUUUAAAUUUAUUUUAAAGGUUGCUCAUACACAAUUGGAAGCUAAAUUUUUAAAAUGUAUGGAAGAACUUAGUUCUGUUACUGAGGAACGCUGUACAUUAGAAAGUAUAAAUGCUCAACUAGAAAUGGAAGCUGCAACAGUUGAAGAAUAUGUAACACUGUUUACGCAUCGGCGUGCUGCAGCCGCAAAACGUGCAAAAGCUCGUGAACUAUUACUUCAACGUUUAGUAGACGACAGAAAACGUUUACGUGAUCGUUUGGGAAAACUUUUUUCACAAAUAAAUCCAGUAUACAUUAAAAAUGACUGUUCAAACGAUCAAACAGAGCUUGUGAAACAACAGGUAGACACAACACCGAAUGAUUCAAAUCAUGUGGGAGGCAGAUUCCUGAGUGAAUUUCGCUCCCUCAUUGAAGAAAUUGAACUAUCCACAGAUGAAAAAGAAUUCGAAGCUGGCGUAUCCGAUUUAAACGAUGAAGAUAUAGGUGAUGAAAUGGAAAGUCUAACUGACAAGAAACUAGUUUCUGAUUUCAAUACAAAUGAUAGUAUUCAAAAGCAUCAUAUUUCACAUAUAACAUUGGAAAAUUUACGAUAUCAAGCUCUACGUUAUGACUGUCCACAUUGUAAAUGUUGUGUUGGUAGAUUAUUAGAAGUAUAGUACUUGUCCUUAUAUUUCUAUUCAUCAUUCAAUCUCAGUUGUCAUCAUCAUUAUCAUCAUCCUCCUCAUGUCUUUCAUCAGAAAAACAAAACAAUUUGAUUUCAAUUGUACAGAUCUUAUCUCUUCAAUAUAAUAAUAAUAAUAAGUACCAAUUUUUAUUUGUUUUCCACGUGUGUUAUGCUUCCAUUUAAAAAUGGGUCUCUACUUGUAAAACGUGAACAUUUUGUAAAUAUUAUUUAUUGGUUGCGAAUUAUAAAUAAAUCAUAGAACAGAAAUUAUUCGUUUUGUUAAUUUAAAUAUGUCAGAUAAAAAAAAAGAAAUAGGAACAUCAAUUAGCUAUUGAAUGGAGAUAGAUGUAUCCAGUUGUACUAAGGAUCUAGACAAUUUAUACAAAUAUUCGUUGAUAUUUGAACGAAUAGUUUGACAGAAAUUAGGCUUCGAUGAUACAGAAAACAAUUUUCUUUGAUGAUUUUUUUAUUGUAUUACACUGAAGAAGUUCAGAUAAGUUUUCUGGAUGAAACAUUGAAAUUAUUUAAAUUUCAUUCGCUGAGAUUAUUUUUGUUUAUAACCUAGAAACAAUAGUUUUCAAAAUAUAUAUUAGAGGUUACUUGUGUUUAGCUUAUAUCAGGGAAAAUGAAAUAGUUUAUAUGGUUAAGUAUUGACAGAUUAGUUAUAUGAACUUUAGAGAGAAAAAAACUGAGAAUGUCAUGGGAACAGGUUUAUAUUGAGGAAUAUGAACUACAAUGAAAAUUGACUGUUUGGAUAGAUGAAGGUCAGAUAAGAAUCAAACAUGGGGAAAAAUGUUAAUAUAACUGAAAGCAUGAUGUAACACAAAUGAGUAUUAUAAACUGAGGUAACCGGACCAAAGUAAUAUCAAAAAACUGUACAGUAUCUUUUAUCGAAUGAAUAAAUUUAGUUACAGCAAAGUUUAACAAUAUUUGAAGUCACUUUCUUAUCGUUUCUCUUGAAAUGACACCAUUACAGCAAAAAUGAUCAGUAACUGGACAGCUUAGAAAAGCCGUUUGUUUAGCCUGUUCGUAUCAUAAAUCAUUUUAAGCA